AUGAAGGCCGAAGCGCCUCGUCCGUCCUCAGAGAGCGACAAGAUGAUGUUCGACGAGUACAGUGACAUUCAGGAUGGCAUCGACAUGUCCAUCCUCUACUGGAAGAGCGUCAAGAUCAAGCUCAACGAUAAGCUGUUCUUCAAGAUCGCAGACUUAGUUAUUUUGGUGGCGGUGGCGCUCUGCCUCGCUUCGGUGGUUGCUAUCCAUGAGCUCCCCAUGGAGCACCGCAAGCGCACUCCCAGAGAGUCCAAAAUGCUGCUCGAGUACAUGAGCAGAGGACCCCUCAUGACCAGAGUCAACAAGCUCCUCGCCAAGAUCUUCCCCUCCGAGCUCACUCCCAACAUCUACGCCUAUCCCGAAGUCAAGAUCCUCAACUACCUCGACGCCCAGUACUACGGACUGUCCCCCGCCUGCUAUCUCCACAAAUACUUCGAUUCCUCCAAGAGCAGCACCUACGUCUAUAACGGAACCCACUUCAACAUUACCUAUGGUUCAGGUGCAGUCUCUGGAUUCGUUGGUCAGGACUCCACUUGGGUUGCUGGUCUCGAGGCUAAAAAGUCUCUCUUCGCCCAAAUCACCCAGCUGCACGGCGUCAGCUUCCUCGCUUCCAAGUUCGACGGCAUUCUCGGCAUGGCUUGGCCUGCUAUUUCCGUCAACGGCCUGCCGCUGAUCUUCGACCUGCUCUUCCAGCAGGGCAAGGUUGAGUCUAACUCCUUCUCCUUCUACUUGACCAAAGUUGCAGGCCAGAACGGCUCUGCCUUGGUCCUCGGCGGCGUCAACCCCAAGUACUACACUGGAUCUUUCAAGUACUACACUCUGAAGAUGGACAACUACUGGUCGAUCGCCAUGGACGACAUCAUCUUCAACGGAACCAGCUACAAGGUCGGCAACAACCUCCUCGGCAUCGUCGACACUGGAACAUCCGUCAUCGUUGGCCCCACCAAGGUCAUCGAUAACAUGACCAAGGCAUUCGGCAGUGGAAAGCAGAAGCAAGUCGAUUGCGCCCAGGUCCCCAACCUGCCCACUCUUGACUUCGUCAUCGGCGGCGACAAGUACACCCUCACCGGAAAGGACUACAUCCUCGAGGUCGACCAAGGAGGAAAGUCCGUCUGCAUUGUGGGCUUGAUAGGCCUCGACCUUCCCCCCCAGCUCGGAGAGGCCUUCAUCGUUGGCGACAGCUUCAUCAAGACCUUCUACACCCACUUCGACUACGCUGGCAACAGAGUCGGAUUCGCAAGAGCCAUCUGA